GGUUCUCCCUUGUAUUAAAAACAGAGGAAAAACAGAGUAACAACCAGGCAAUUAAGAGAGAGAAAAAAAAAUAAAAAAAGAGAAAAUAAAAAAGGAAAAGAAAAAGAUGGCAACUAAAUCUAAUGGAAGCUUACCUCCUUUCAAAAUCCCAGAGAUAGAGUUCACUAAGCUCUUCAUCAAUGGUGAAUUCGUAGACGCCGUUUCAGGAAAGACGUUCGAGACAAUAGAUCCGAGAAAUGGAGAAGUGGUGGCGAAGGUGGCGGAGGGAGACAAAGAAGACGUAGAUUUAGCUGUCAAGGCUGCCCGUGAAGCAUUUGACCAUGGUCCCUGGCCUCGUAUGUCUGGUCAUGCAAGGGGAAGGUUGAUGAUAAAAUACGCGGAGUUGGUGGAGGAACACGCGGAGAUAUUAGCAGCAUUGGACACCCUAGAUGCAGGGAAGCUAUUUAGCAUGGGGAAAACAAUGGACAUUCCAAGUGGUGCAAGUAACUUAAGGUACUAUGCCGGAGCAGCUGAUAAAAUCCACGGAGAGACAUUGAAGAUGUCACGUGAGUUGCACGGGUACACCCUGCGCGAGCCAAUAGGGGUUGUAGGCCACAUUAUACCAUGGAAUUUUCCAACAGCCAUGUAUUUCAUGAAGGUUGGUCCUUCUUUAGCUGCUGGUUGCACCAUGGUGGUUAAGCCCGCUGAGCAAACUCCCCUCUCUGCUUUGUAUUAUGCUCAUCUCUCCAAGUUGGCUGGUAUUCCUGAUGGAGUGAUUAAUGUGGUAACUGGAUUUGGGCCGACUGCUGGUGCUGCAAUAGCAUCUCAUAUGGACAUUGACAAAGUUAGUUUCACAGGGUCUACAGAAGUAGGACGACUAAUAAUGCAAGCAGCAGCAAUGAGCAACUUAAAGCAAGUAUCCCUUGAACUUGGAGGGAAAUCCCCUGUUAUUAUUUUCGACGAUGCUGAUGUUGAUGUUGCUGCUAAUCUUGCCCUCCUUGGCAUUGUUUAUAACAAGGGAGAGAUUUGUGUAUCUGGCUCUCGAGUUUUCGUUCAAGAAGGGAUUCAUGAUGCAGUUGUCUUGAAAUUAGCAGAGAAGGCUAAGAAUUGGGUUGUCGGAGACCCCUUUGAUGAUAAUAGUCAACAAGGACCACAGGUUGACAAGAAGCAAUUUGAGAAAAUUCUUUCAUACAUAGAGCAAGGCAAGCGAGAGGGAGCUAACUUGUUAUGUGGCGGUAGUCGACAUGGAGAUAAGGGUUACUUCAUCCAGCCAACAAUAUUUACAGAAGUUCAGGACGAUAUGGUGAUAGCUAAGGAGGAAAUUUUCGGGCCUGUGAUGUCAUUGAUGAAAUUCAAGACUAUUGAAGAGGCGAUAGAAAGAGCGAAUAGCACAAAAUACGGGCUAGCAGCAGGGAUAGUGACCAAGAACAUAGACAUCGCGAAUACAGUGUCAAGAUCACUCAGAGCCGGAGUUGUUUGGAUCAACUGUUAUUUUGCAUUUGAUGUUGAUUGUCCAUACGGUGGUUACAAAAUGAGCGGAUUCGGCAGAGAUUUAGGGAUGGAAGCUUUGUACAAGUAUACCAAUGUUAAAUCUGUUGUAACUCCACUUUACAACUCUCCUUGGCUAUAAGAAAAAUAAUAAAAAAUAAAAAGUGGGACAGAGGAGUCAGACCGAUUUGAUUUUAUAUACGACGGGGAAUAAAUAAAUUAAGGGAUGACUAAGAAAUAUUAGCUUCAAUUCUUUGUAAUAAUCUUGUGUUAGGUAGUACUCUUCCCCUGAAAAAGAAUAAUGUGAUGAUAUAGGUCUAUUUUUUGGCUUUUUAAUUUUGUAAGUUCAUUUCUUGCGACGGAUUUAUGGUAUAGAAGUACUUGUUAGA